GRCCGAGCGGGGCGGGCGCUCCCCGCCAUGGCGGGGGCGGGCGCGGAGGGUGCGGCCAGAGGCGGUGGCGCCGGGCGGGGUUGCGUCAUCGGUAAUGUCAGGGGCCGGUGCGGGGGCGCGGGCGAGUCCCGGCGGGGACCGAGCUUGGGCCGUCGCCGCCCCUCGCCCGCUCUUGAUUCGGAGCGGCUUCGCUGGAGCCGCUGCCGGCAGUUCCCGUGGAGACGCCCCGCGUCCUCUGAGGGGUGCCCUCUUGUCGGCGAUAGUUGCCAUCGCGACCGGUGCCACCCUCCUCGCAGCGCUCCCGAGCUCGGUCUCUUUGCAGGCGGCUGUCCCCUUCUGCACAUCCCGCACGCUCCGCUGGCUGCCAGGGGCUUGCAGGUUAUUGGGAGAGGAUCCAAAGCAGUGAGUGAGGUACCUCUAAUCUCGACCUGUCAUCUCCUGUCGUGGACCAGAAGGGCAGUCUGGUGCUUCACCCYAUUACCAGGACAUUUCUUUAAGGAAAUGGAUACAUCUUCCCAAAAAUACCCAGUAAAAAAGCAAGUGAAAAUUCAUCCCAACACAGUAACAGUGAAGUACACAUCUCAUUAUCCCCAGCCAGGAGAAGAGGGAUAUGAGGAUSUUAAUGAAGAUACUGGAGUAUUUGUGGAAGAUAAUCCUAAGAGAAGACUACUGAAUGAUGGGAAAAAGAGACAAAGGACUUAUUUUGGUACAAUAGACACCAAGCCAGCACAACUGCCAAAACCUGAUGAAGUCGGACAGUCCCAGCAUUUUCCUGAAGGAAAUGUACUGCAGUCCAGGAAAACAUGGGCGGUCCUUUUUGGCUCUGCCGUGGCUCACGGAUGCGUGGCUCUGAUCACCAGAUURAUUUCUGACCGUUCCAAAGUGCCAUCCCUGGAGCUGAUUUUCAUCUGCUCGGUCCUGCAGGUGUUGUCCAUCACUGCUGUGUGCUACCACCAUGAGCCUCCCUUUGGCCCCAAAGGCUACCGGCUCCGGCUGUUCCUCUACGGGGUCUGCAAYGUCAUCUCCAUCACCUGUGCCUACACCUCUUUCUCCAUAGUGCCCCCCAGCAAUGGGACCAUCAUGUGGAGGGCCACCACCACAGUGUUCAGUGCCAUUCUGGCUUUUUURCUCAUAGAUGAAGGAAUGGCUUACAUAGACAUCGUCACUGUCAUUGGCAGCGUGUUUGGGGUUUGUCUGGUCAUGAUCCCCAACAUUGUUGAGGAGAACUCUUUGCUGAACACCUGGAAGGAAGCUUUUGGUUAUACCAUGACCGUCAUGGCUGGCCUGACCACUGCYCUCUCCAUGAUAAUCUACAGGUCCAUCAAAGACAACAUCAGCAUGUGGACAGCACUGUUCACCUUCAGCUGGAUGGGAACAGUGUGCGGMGUGUCCACCAUGUUCCUGCUCCAAGAGCCAAUCAUCCCACUGGACGGGGAAACCUGGAGCUACCUYCUUGCUAUCUGCCUGUGCUCCACUGCAGCCUUCCUGGGGGUGUACCACGCCCUGGGCAAGUUCCACCCCGCUSUGGUGAGCACUGUGCAGCACCUGGAGAUUGUCAUUGCCAUGGUCCUGCAGCUCCUUGUGCUGCGCAUCUUCCCGGGCACUUGUGAUCUGGUCGGGGCAGUGCUUAUUUUGGUGAGUGUUUUUUUCCUUGCCUGUUAUAAACUUUCCUGGAAGGAUUUAAAAAGGCAAGAUUAUCAGGAGAUUGUGGAUUCAUCCAUUAAAUGAAUGUCGGUUUUGAAUGUCUGAUUCUGGCUGUGACCAUGUGAUUCCUUUCAGUUCCUAUAUCUGAGUGUAGUGGCCAGGCCUCUCUCUGCGAUUUCACCUCAMAGCUGAUACACCCAUGUUGGUAUUUCCAGGCUCCCGUGCUGGGUGGAUUUGUUCUGCUGCACACAACCACUGACAUUUUGUCAUACCCAAAAGAGUAGCACACACAGUGCACAGSCAGCACAGCCUGGCCCAAAGAAACAUGGGCCAAGCUCUUCCUCCCCUUCCCUGGAUAAAGCAAUACAGAGGGACUCAGGAGUGACUCUCAUUCAUGCACUGUGGUACGAGAAAACUGAGCAGCAAAACAAUGCAAACGAUCAACCCGAAUUCUCAUAACCUCUGUAACGCUUCUUAAGCUUUGGCUGUUAUAUUCUAAACAGAGCAAUGCUAAAUUUCUGUGGCUAAAUCUUGCAUUUCCUGUGCUUACAAAGAAGAAGUGAGUAAAGCUUUUUGUGCUUUGUGGUUGAAUUUCUGUCUGAAACAAUGCAGGAAGCCCAGAUGUCCUCUGGGGGAAAAGAUAUCCCAAAAGCUGAAUCUCCAGUUGUGCCACAGCUGUGAAAGAUCCCCAAGAACUGUAAGGUCU